AUGAAUCAGUAUUACCAAAACCCUUUUCGGAUUUAUGAAAUUAGUUUCAAUUUCUGCACGAGUCUCCUCUUGUGUCUCUCACUCAUUUCUGCUCAAGCUGUUGCAGGUGGUGGUCACUCCUGGGAUGGGAUCGUGGUGACUCAGGCGAACUAUCAGGCGCUCCAAGCAAUCAAACACGACCUCAUUGACUUCACAGGAGUUCUCAGAAGCUGGAACAACUCUGCCUCCUCUGGUGUUUGCUCCGGCGGCUGGGCUGGAAUCAGAUGCCUCCGAGGCCAAGUUGUCGCCAUUCAGCUCCCUUGGAAGGGACUUGGCGGCACUAUCUCCGAGAAGAUAGGACAGCUUCAGAAUCUCAGAAAACUUAGCCUCCACAACAAUGCCAUAGCCGGUUCGAUUCCUCGUUCUCUAGGCUACCUCCGUAGUCUCCGUGGAGUUCAUCUCUUCAACAAUCAUCUGUCGGGUUCGGUCCCUGCCUCGCUUGGGAACUGCCCUCUACUCCAGAAUCUUGAUCUUAGCAAUAACCAGCUAUCUGGAGUCAUCCCGGCUAGUCUUGCCGAAUCCACCAGGCUCUACAGGCUCAAUCUCAGCUUCAAUUUGCUUUCUGGUCCCCUUCCGGUUAGUGUAGCCAGAUCAUAUACCCUCACUUUUCUUGAUCUUCGCCAUAACAACUUCUCUGGUUCGAUACCCGAAUUUCCCGUUAAUGGUUCUCACCCUCUCAAAAAGCUAAAUCUUGACCACAAUCUCUUCUCCGGAGCUGUUCCCUUGUCUCUCAGCAAGCAAAGUUUGCUGGAAGAUGUUACUUUAAGCCAUAAUCAGCUCUCAGGUUCUAUUCCCAGGGAGUUUGGAACACUUCCACACCUCCAAAGCCUUGAUUUGUCUUACAAUUCAAUCAACGGAACCAUCCCAGACAGUUUCUCCAACCUUUCAUCUCUCGUUUCUCUAAACCUUGAAAGCAACCACCUCAAAGGCCGAAUGCCGGAUGCAAUUGAUAGACUGCACAACCUUACAGUGCUUAACCUCAAGAGAAACAGGUUCGACGGUCCUAUCUCAGAGAGAAUAGGGAACAUAUCUGGAAUCAGAGAGCUUGAUCUGUCUGAAAACAACUUCACAGGUCCAAUUCCGUCUUCUCUAGUCCACCUGGCGAAUCUAUCUUCUUUCAACGUCUCCUUCAACACCCUCUCUGGUCCGGUUCCGCCUAUUCUCUCCAGAAAGUUCAACUCAAGCUCUUUCGUGGGAAACAUUCAGCUCUGUGGCUACAGCUCCUCGAAUCCGUGUCCUUCUCCGAAACCUCAUCAUCCACUCACCCUUUCACCUGCCUCAUCACAAGAACCAAGAAAACACCACAGAAAGCUCUCGGUAAAGGAUAUAAUUCUAAUCGCCAUUGGAGCUCUUCUCGCCAUUCUGCUUCUGCUAUGUUUCAUAUUACUCUGCUGUCUGAUCAAGAAACGGGCCGCCUUGAAAAAAAAAGACGGCAAGGACAAGAUCUCUGAGAAGACAGUAGCUGCAGCUUCAGCAACAGCAUCAGCUGGAGGUGAGAUGGGAGGAAAGCUGGUUCAUUUCGAUGGUCCGUUUGUGUUCACCGCCGACGAUCUGCUCUGUGCCACGGCUGAGAUCAUGGGGAAAAGUACUUACGGAACAGCAUACAAAGCAACAUUGGAGGACGGAAAUGAAGUCGCUGUGAAGCGACUAAGAGAGAAAACAACCAAAGGAGUCAAAGAGUUCGAAGCAGAGGUCACAGUUUUAGGCAAGAUUCGACACUUGAAUCUUCUUGCACUAAGAGCUUACUACUUAGGACCUAAAGGAGAGAAGCUCCUUGUCUUUGAUUACAUGUCUAAGGGUAGUCUCUCUGCGUUUCUUCACGCUCGAGGACCAGAAACCCUAAUUCCAUGGGAAACAAGAAUGAAGAUAGCGAAAGGAAUCAGUCGUGGUUUAGCUCACCUUCACAACAACGAGAACAUGAUCCACGAGAAUCUCACGGCGAGCAAUAUUCUCCUCGACGAGCAGACCAAUGCUCACAUCGCCGAUUACGGUCUCUCCAGACUCAUGACAGCCGCCGCCGCAACAAACGUGAUCGCAACCGCCGGAACAUUGGGAUACAGAGCGCCGGAGUUUUCGAAAAUCAAAAACGCAAGCACAAAGACGGACGUAUACAGCUUAGGGAUCAUCAUAUUGGAGCUAUUGACCGGGAAAUCUCCCGGAGAACCGACGAACGGGAUGGAUUUGCCUCAGUGGGUAGCGUCGAUCGUGAAGGAAGAGUGGACCAAUGAAGUUUUCGAUUUGGAGCUGAUGAGAGAGACGCAAACCGUUGGAGAUGAGCUUUUGAAUACUCUGAAAUUGGCGUUACAUUGUGUUGAUCCGUCACCAGCGGCGAGACCAGAAGCUAAUCAGGUGGUGAAUCAGCUUGAGGAGAUUAGACCGGAGCUUGAUGAGACGGAGAUGGAGACGCCGGCGAUUGGAUCCGGCGGUGAGGCACAAUCCAAUGAUUAA